AUGUAUGCUGGAAGCAUCAAGUAUGGAUACUUUGGGGAAUAUGGAGAGAAUUUGGCCCGCAUUCGAGUUCAUAUUGCCAGUAGAAGAAGACCGGAUCCCACUUCAAUAGCCGGGGCCCGCCCUUCGCUGGUCCACAUGAGCUUAGCUUCUUCUUGGUUUCAAGGUGCACCUUUGGCUAUUUUCCUAUUUCUUCUGGCUUGGCUUCGUAUUUUUCCAUCUCGAUGCGUACUAAAAAAUUGCUGCAAUUUAUGGGAUGAGGUCCAUGUGACACGGCACGGUGUUAGUCGAAGCCGUCUGGAAUGCGCCAUAGUAGCCAAUCAUAUCGAGUUAUUUCAGCCCAUCUCAAGCAGACUGGGAGUGUGCAGCUAUUUAUUUACGUUUUCGAAGGUUUCUAGAUUCGAUACCACCGAGUCCAGUUGGCCUAGCAGCGCAUUUUAUACUACAAUCUACAAGUUCAAGCUGAUGAUGCCGACAGGUGAAGCAGUCUGA